UAAGAAUUUUAUUGUAACACAGAGCAAACAGAAUGUUCUUGCAUUUAGAAGACAACCCAGAACUGUGUGUGGCAGAGGGAACUUGAUUUUCGAAUCAUGGAAUUUCUUGACUGCAGGUCUACGGCACUUGCUAGCAGCAAUCUCCUCAACCUUCAUGAUCUGAGUAGAGUGAGCAUGGGCAUGACGGCGGGCACCCAUAUCAUGGUAGCACUGUGUAACAGCACCAGCAGUUGUCAAGUCCCUGUAUUCCCUGUACAUGUUGCGGGUUCAGGCAGUCUCAUCAUACCAUCCCCUCUAGAACACUUGAUCAAGCUCAGUCUUGAAACAUGUUAGGCUUUUAGCCUUCUAUGUAUAACUGAAGUUUGUAAAAUGUGGUAAGGGGAGGAGGGCUGGAAAUCAGUGAAGGAGAGUUGGUUUUGUGCUGCUUUAAACGUCCUCCCAAACAUGUUUACCCAGACAUACAAUUUCUAUUGUUCUCUCCUCAGCAUCCCCCACCCUUCUGAUCCCAGUCCAGCUCUUUUAAUCUCACAUAAUGAAAGCACUAGGUCACCACUCAUAAGGUUUCAAAUCAGGCAGCUAAGUUUCAAGUGGCCCCUAAACCAAGAAAGAACAAUGCUUGGAACCUUUUCCCAAGGCCAUCCAGGAGCACCGGCUCUUGGAUACAGUUUGGUAGAGUUAGAGGUCUAAUGUCUGUGUCUGCAAUGGGCCUCGUAGGAAUCCUAGCCCCAGAAUGUAGCAUAGAUGGGGCACAGGCAUUCUGAUCACUGCAACAGCUAAUCCUGCUCAGAGCAAAUCCAGCCCAUGUGGUUGUGUAACUGUCUGUACCCAGUCUACACUCACUUUUCCACCGAUGAUUACACAUUCCAGCAUUCCCUGACAUUCUCACUGUGGCUAGACAAGGCAACCUACACUGAGCUGGGCACACUGCCUCCAAUUUCCCCUUCUCUGUUCUUUCACUGAUUUUCAGACUGUUUAUAAGGUGGGUUAAUCUCCGCGACCAGGCACAGAAUCCAUGACACUGCACUGUGGGUAUCCAUCAUUGAAUUUAACACAUCUCUGGGUAUGUGGUAUUCUGUACACAUUGGUUAUGGAAUGAUAAUCAAAGAAACGUAUUAUUUAAAAUAAGUCCAUUAAUUUCCUAAGAGUAGUGUAAGAAUUCAUCCACUCUGUGAGGAAUCUGUAAUAACACAGCAAAUAGUAAUAUUUAGUAAUGCACAGUCAUUUCUAGAAAUUCAGGACCAAGUUACUGAAUUAUUUACCCCUAGAUUACUCGCCUCCCUGCAUGGGAAACUCAGGAGAGGGAGACUAAGGGGAAGGAGAAUGCUGUGAUGAGCCUUUCAUCAAGUUUCCCCCAAAUCAUCCAAUACUGAAUGUGCCACAGUUCCAUCUUGAAACCCAUGGAUCUUGGCAGAUCCACAGAAGGCAAGGGGACUCCACACUGGCUCUGGAGACCUUGCACCCAUCCUUAGCUCCUUGUCAGCAUUAAUCCAAUGGAUCUGGACUGUCCAGUGCUUAUGGGAUGCAGCUGUGUCAGAUUGUGAUGUCUGCACCUCUGCUUUCUAAUUCUGUAUUGUACUUCUGAAUGUUUAGGUAAUUGAUAUCCUGGGCAGACAGGUAGAAAGGUGUGCUGGGAAGCAUGUUUUAUGUAAUCUGCUACAGAUGGCCCUGUGGCAUUAAGGGAUACACAGAAGAUGGUAAUAACAUUGGAAGCUUCUCUUAUUCAUGAUUAACAUUUUGCCUUUUUAUCUGGAUGUAACUGAGAGCAGAAUGGCCCUUUCUGUCAAGGAGGAAUGAAUCAGGGCAGCUAGCAACAGGAUUUGUCCCCCAAGAUUAGUGCUGUUCACAGGCCUCCCAAGGGCAGUUUUAGCUCUCUAGGUAUAUCUAUGGCUUCCUUGCCCACAGUAUCUGCACGUCUCAAACAUAAAUGGAUUUUAUCCUCCUGACCCGCAGCAAGGUAGGGAAAUGCCAUCCCCAUUCUACACCUGGAGAACUGUCACAGAAGUUAGGGGCCUGAUGCUUAGGGUGUGAGCACAUGUUCCCUUUGACUUCAGCUGAGAUUCAGCACUUCUGAAAACUGAGCUCAGCGUGGCUUGCCCACAGUCGCACAGAGUCCAUGGCAGUGCAGGAGAUUUGAACCCAGAUGUCCCGUAUCCCAUGUGUCCCCAGUGUCUUAGCCACAAGGUUUUCCUUCUGCAUUAGUUCAUACUAGCUGUGAUCACUAAUCUAUAUUCUGAGUGUUCAGAAUGUUUCAUAGAGAUUUUAAGGUCAGAUGUGACCAAUGGAAACAUCUAAUCCAACCUGAAUCACACCGCUCUCAGAAUUUUCCCAGUCAUCCCUGGGGUGCAUAGGGAUUUAUUCACCACCACCACCACUUCCUCUCCCUGCUUCCCCUGCUGGUAUAAAUGAACACUCCCCAGCCUAAUGCACUCAGGUCAAAUGUCUCUCUUAGGAAUCAAUCCAUUCUGAACUGAAAGACUCUAAGUGACAGUAGAUUUACCACAACCCUGGGGACAAUGGCUAAAUAUCCUGAUUGUCAAAAAUGUGCUUCUUAUUUCCAGUUUGAGUAUAUCUAACUUCAGCGUUUAGGCUUUGGAUCUCCUUCUGCCUUGUUCUCCCUGAUCAGCAAGCCCCGUGAUGUCAGAUAUCUUCUGCCUGUGAAGAUGCUUUAGACUGUAAUCAAGUCACCUCUUACCAUCCUUCAAAUAAGCCAAGUAGAUUGAGCCCCUUAAGUGCCUCACUGUGAGGUGUCUUUUCCAGACCUCCAGUCACUUGUAGCUCUUCCCUGAACCGUCUCGAUUUUUCAGUCUUUCUUUAAAUCCAUGUUAAAGUGACUGUUUACAGUAGUACAGCUAGGCACCAAUUCCCUCUCCUCUGUCAUUCUGGUGAAUGUGUUUCCUGGUGGGCUGGUUUGUAGCACGCUACCCACAGAGCUGGGGCUUGGGGAGCUUGCAGAAGGGAAGCUGCAUGAAAUGCAAAAGGAUUUGCAGUCUUUGCAUUCCAGAUCCAUCCAUUCCCUAAGGAACAGCAUCUGUAUGGCAGCACAGACCAUGCCACACAUUACUCUCCUUCUCCUAGAGUCAGAGACAUGUUAGAACAAUGGGUGGAGAGCAGGAAAUGCUGCAUGGGAAACAGGAUUUCAUUUCACUGCUGUUGGGAUUCCUCCACCAGAUCCUCUCCCCUCCCCCAGCUCAGCCCUGUCCGGGAGAGUCCUUCCCACAGACAUUAUUCACAUUGGGCCCUCCACAGUUCCUCUGGCACCAGCUGCCUUACUUGCCGGAUGAGUUUGCUUGGAGUUCAAGGGCACUGAGCUGCUCAGUCUGGCUCCAGAAUGUGCCUGCCACUGUACGAGAGGAAGCAGACGGCCAAUGUUACCUCUUAUCAUGGAUGUGGAUGCAAACGACGCAUGAUUGGAGGAGCAGCUUGAACCCCAGGGAAGCUGGAACAUGCUUUGAGAAUUCUGGGCAGGGCCCUAGUUACCCUGACAGAUCAGCAGCCUGGAACCAGACCUGGGAUACCUCUGCUCACAGAGACUUUCUGUUUGUGCUGCGUUCUGCUCAUGCUGGAAUCUGCCUCCGAGUAGACCAGCCUCCAGCAUCCUGCUGAGAUUCCAAAAGGAGCUGAGCCGGGCGACUGGGAACAGAGUGUUUUCCACUUAGGAAAGGGGAAGCUUCUCUCUCGCUGUGUCUCUGAUAUGAGCAGCACCACUUCCUUCCUGGACUUCCGCCCCCGUCACUGUGACUGGAACUAAAAACUAAAGGGAACCCACCGGGCAGGGGGACCGCCUCCCCAGCUAGCUCGGUCUCUCUCCCGUCGGGCAUGUUUGGGCUUUCCUGACGCUGGGCAGAUUUAGGACGCACUUCAGGGCCAUGAGAUUCCAGGAGUUGUAUCUUCUUUUCCUCCUCCUGCACCUGACAGCUGCCAUUCUGGACAUUACUCUGGUCGCCAAUGUGCAAAGUCCGUCUCACACCAGCUUCUACCUCUCCUGUGUGAUGGGCGAGCGAGCUGUGAGCUACCUCCAGAUCGAGAGGGACAAUAAAAUAGUGAUGACUCAUCCCAACACAAAGUUCCAGAACUAUAGGAAUCGCAGCAAUGAGGUCCAAGCCAGAGGCUUUUCAAUGGCAGAUCUGGUGGGGAUUUUAUACUGCUUGGGGAAGACCCAGAUGGAGCAGGCCAGGGUGGUCUAUGUGCAUAACAGCCGGAAUGCCCACCUGGUCCCACUGAAAGUCACCCAGACUGUGAGCAUUGCAGACUCAGCCACGUUCUCUGCCAAAGUCCUUAACAAGAAGAACACAGAUGUCUUGUGGAAAAGAAAUGGUACCUACUACCAGACAACGGACCGGGGUGAAGUGAAUGGGACACUGUUCACCUUAACCCUACCGGAUGUGGGUCUGAGUGAGAAUGGGGUGUACAGUGCCACAUUCAUUGGGGACAGUCCCCUGACAAGUGCCUUCUACAGGCUGAUUGUGAGAGGGUGUCCAGCGAAGAAGUGGGGCCCCUCUUGUGAGAAGGACUGUCCUGACUGCCUGAAUGGAGGCAUCUGCCAUGACGGUGUUGGGGAGUGCAUCUGCCCUCCAGGUUUCAUGGGCACUCGUUGUGAGAAAGCCUGUAGGGAAGGGAGGUUUGGCCGUAACUGCCAGGAACACUGCAGCAGUGACCAGGGCUGCAAGGGGCUGAGCUUCUGCCUGCCAGAUCCAUACGGCUGCUCCUGCGCUUCUGGGUGGAGUGGGUCACAGUGCAGCACAGCCUGCUCUCUUGGACACUAUGGCGCAGACUGUGCCCUGCAUUGUCACUGCCAAAAUGGAGGCACCUGUAACCGCUUCAGUGGCUGCGUUUGCCCAUCAGGGUGGCAUGGGGAGUGCUGCGAGAAAUCAGAUCGGAUUCCCCAGAUCAUCAACUUGGACACAGAGCUGGAGUUUAACCUGGGUUCCCAGCCUGUGAUCAGCUGUAUGGCCACGGGCAACCCGCCUCCAGUGAGAGACAGCAUCGAGCUGCGCAAGGCUGACGGGACAGUGCUCACGUCGAUUAAAGCCAUCAUGGAAACAGACAAAACCACCUCUGAGUUCCUGGUGCCAGUGCUCACCGAGGUGGACACCGGCCUCUGGGAGUGCAGAGUUUCCACCAGCGGGGGACAGGACAGCAGGAGAGUCAAGGUCAAUGUCAAAGUCCCUCCAGUGCCACUGAGCCCCCCCCGGCUGCUGGCUAAGCAGAGUCGGCAGCUUGUGGUUUCCCCAGUGGAUGGAUUCUCUGGUGACGGCCCAGUCACCUCCAUCAAACUGCUCUACAAGCCCAAGGACAACACCUCACCGUGGUCAUCCAUUGUGGUUGACAACAGUGAAAACAUCACACUCAUGAACCUACGGCCAGUCACCGCCUACCUGGUCAAAGUGCAGCUGACUCGCCCUGGUGACAAAGGGGAAGGUGUUAUGGGGCCACAGGCAGUCAUGGUGACAGAGUGUCAAGAACCCACAGCCAAACCUGUGAUUGAAGGUUGGUCGGUAGAGGGGAAGAACACGCUUCAUGUUAAUUGGAACUUGCCUAAUAACUAUGAGCCAGCAAAUGGUUUCAUUGUACGUCUCUUGGACUCAGCAAAAGUGCUUGUCCGGGAGAUUAAUAUAACCUCCAUGUUUGUGCACUCUGCCCGCAUCCGUAACCUAGAGUUCAACAAGGAGUAUGGCCUGGAAGUGUUCGUCUAUCACUGCACCAGCCUGGGCCCUCCAUCUGACCUCUACAAGGUUAUGAUCAACAGCAAAGGCCCCUCCUCUCCCAGGUCUCUCCACGCAGAGCCCCUCGCGGACACUACCGUCAAACUCACCUGGCAGGCCCCCGAGUAUCCCAACGGGGGUGUCAGUAAGUACAUUGUGGAGCUGCAGCAGCUGGGUGGGGCCAGUGAGCCUCAGUGGGUUGACACGGACAGCGGUGGGGAGACCACGAAGAUCAUCUGGGGGCUCAACGCCAGCACAUGGUAUCAGUUCCGGGUCCGAGCGAACUCCCAUGUGCCUGGGGAGUGGAGUGAGCCUGUGAAGGCGGAGACCCUUGGGGACGGUGCCUUGAGUGAGGUGCCCAGACUGAAAAGCCAGGACAUGCAACCCUCGGGAAUAGACCAGCAGCUGCUUCUGGCCAUCAUUGGCUCCGUGUCCGUCACCUGCCUCACCAUCCUUUUUGCCCUCUUGGCACUUUUCCUUAUCAAGAAGAAUUUUUUUCACCGGCGCCGGACCUUCACUUACCAGUCUGGCUCAGGGGAAGAGACCAUCCUGCAGUUCAACUCAGGGACCCUGACCCUGACCCGCCGGCCAAAGCCCCAGCCUGAGCCCCUCAGCUACCCCAUCCUGGAGUGGGAGGACAUCAAAUUUGAGGAUAUGAUUGGAGAGGGGAACUUCGGGCAGGUCAUCAGGGCAAUGAUCAAAAAGGAUGGCCUGAAAAUGAAUGCAGCCAUCAAGAUGCUGAAAGAGUUUGCAUCAGAGAACGACCACCGUGACUUUGCAGGGGAGCUGGAGGUGCUGUGCAAACUGGGGCACCACCCCAAUAUCAUCAACCUGCUGGGGGCCUGUGAGAACAAAGGCUACCUGUACAUUGCUAUUGAGUACGCUCCCUAUGGGAACCUGCUAGAUUUCCUCCGGAAAAGCCGAGUCCUAGAGACUGACCCGGCCUUCGCAAAGGAGCAUGGGACGGCAUCUACCCUCACGUCCCAGCAGCUCCUCCAGUUUGCUUCCGAUGUGGCCAAGGGAAUGCAGUAUCUGAGCGAGAAACAGUUCAUUCACAGGGACCUGGCAGCCAGGAACAUUCUGGUGGGGGAGAACCUGGCUUCCAAGAUUGCCGACUUUGGCCUCUCCCGAGGGGAGGAGGUCUACGUGAAGAAGACCAUGGGCCGCCUGCCAGUUCGCUGGAUGGCCAUCGAGUCCCUCAACUACAGCGUGUAUACCACCAAGAGUGAUGUGUGGUCCUUUGGGGUGCUGUUGUGGGAGAUUGUCAGCCUGGGAGGAACUCCAUACUGCGGGAUGACAUGUGCCGAGCUCUACGAGAAACUACCGCAGGGAUAUCGUAUGGAGAAGCCCCGCAACUGUGAUGACGAGGUAUAUGAGCUGAUGAAGCAGUGCUGGCGAGACCGCCCCUACGAGCGCCCGCCCUUCGCUCAGAUCUCCAUGCAACUUAUUCGGAUGCUGGAGGCCAGGAAGGCCUAUGUGAACAUGGCCUUAUUCGAGAACUUCACAUACGCUGGCAUCGACGCCACAGCGGAGGAGGCCUGAGGGCGAGUGGAGCACAGCAUCGGGAGCCCUGUAAAUAACACACACCUACUUGCCACAAUUGGACACCAGCUGGCCUAGGCCAGGGGAGGGACACGGCCUCUGCCCCAUGUGGGACAUGCUGUAAAUGGCCUGCUCGUGUGCAGACAAGAAAAUGCCCCUUGUCCUGGAGCAGGAACUUGCCUGGGGGCAGUUUCUGGUUAACAUGAUACCCCCAUACUCUGAAGCCAGGUUCCUGACUGAACGGCAGCUUCUGCCCCGCAGUCCACUCAGGCAGGACUGCCCUGCACUUGCUGCCCUCUCUGCCGGUCUCUGCAGUGCAACUCUGCACCAGUGGCAGGGCCAACCAAUGGGCCAGGCUCUUCCUGUCUCAUGCCCCUCCCCACUCUCCCAAUCCUUGCUGCAGCCAGGUGCUGUGCGUGGCGGAGAACACAGGCAGGGAGGCCUAUCUCCCCUUGAGCCCACGGACACUGGGGACUUCUCUGAAGCUAGAGGAUGUGAUACCAGCCCUUUGCUGCCCUACGAGAGGCACAAAGACUUGUCCUGGGUAAAGGACAGACUUGGAAACAGCCCCAAAUGUAGAGCCACCGUCCCCACCUCCAGCCUUGGUGUUUCGUGUGUGGCUGCUUGGCUUCCCUUCUGCCUGUGGGCUCUCGGAACUGACUCACUGUGCAGCUGAACCUGGCUUGGCACCUUGCGGUCAGCGUACCUGCACGCAGAGCUGUGCAGACAUUGCUCCCGGAUGCUGGAGACCCUCUGGGAGAGGGCCGAUUUGGUGAGUCCAAGAGGAAGGAUUCCAGCGCUCACCUUCAGAACACCAUGGAGGAGUAAAAUAUUCCAGGCUUGGCCACAGGCUCCUCUCUGACCUGCCAGAGACCAGUGGCUGCCACAACUUAUGCUUUAUAGUUAAUAAAGGAAGUCCAAGG